AUGGUCCCAGCCCCCGCAGAGCCAACCAACGCCGGAACCAGCAGCGGACGAGUGACAACCAAGGAGAUCCGGCAGGUCAUCGAGCUCCUGCGACACACCAUCGACGAGCAAACCACGCUCAUACAAGCCACCAGAAUCGAACUGAAGCAAGUGAAAAACAACCAGGAUGAACUCCAGACCCAAAACGAGAAGCUGCACGGGGAGGUGCAGGCGCUGCGGACGCAGAUCGAGGGACUGCGCGGAUCGAGCGCGGCACGAUCCUGGGCCGCCGUGGCGGCUGACACGAACCAAUUUGAACCCCGAAAGACGCGCCGGCAUACCGACAAAGAAAAGAACUGUGUUCGGAUUAGCACACGGCAAUCCCCGGACGACUCACCUGAGACCGAAAACAACGUGAACACCUUUGGCCGCUACCUCUCUACAUCCACAGCAAACACCCACAUCAGAACAGCUCUGUCGAACGCUGCAUCCACACGCGAUGUCGGCGAAAUGGCCCACAACAACAAGGAAUGGCUGAAUGAGCUAGGCAACGACACAAGACUGGUGAUACCGCGCUUUGGAGCGGUGGUACACCACACGCCAACCGACGGACUGGACGUCGAACGAGACAAAGCAGGCGCCAUCAAGAAAAUCACAGAAGAAAACAACCUCCCGGAACGUGGUUUCCGUAUCGAAGACAUCACUUGGUUGAAGAAACGAGAUAAAGCGCUAGGAGUAUUCGGCUCACUGGGAAUUUGGUUCGACUCAGCCGAGGGCGCACGAUGGAUGACUGAGGACGGUCUUCUCUUAGACGAGAGAUACACUGGACGAGUGGAAAAGUGCGAGAUCAAGAAGAAGCGGUGUUUCCGCUGCCAACGGUUCGGGCAUCUGGCGUGGUCGUGCCAGGAGACGCCCCGGUGCGGCCACUGUGCCGGCACGCAUUUACGAGCAAGAUGCCUACCAGGCGUCCAGAGCACGCUGCCUGGAUUGCAGUGGUGA